GUGCGCGUUGCGUGUACGGGUCGAAGGGGAUGCUAGGGCGCUAGUGUGCACAGAGUUAUGCCGGUGUGAUGCUGGUUCUCGCGUUGGCAACGUUGACCCUCCUCUCAACAGCAACCAGCAACCCGGACGCCAAACGACUCUAUGACGACCUGCUUUCCAACUACAACAGGCUCAUCAGGCCGGUCAGCAACAACACGGACACUGUGCUCGUCAAGCUAGGGCUACGGCUCUCCCAGCUCAUCGACCUGAACCUGAAAGACCAGAUCCUCACAACAAACGUUUGGCUCGAGCAUCAGUGGGAGGAUCAUAAAUUUCGAUGGGAGCCAGCUGAAUAUGGAGGUGUCACGGAACUGUACGUACCGUCGGAACAUAUCUGGCUUCCAGAUAUUGUUCUUUAUAACAAUGCUGAUGGUGAAUACGUAGUUACGACAAUGACGAAAGCAGUGUUGCACUAUACAGGAAAGGUUUUGUGGACUCCUCCCGCCAUUUUCAAGUCAUCAUGCGAGAUAGACGUCCGUUAUUUUCCUUUCGACCAACAGACGUGCUUCAUGAAAUUUGGAUCGUGGAGCUACGACGGAGUCCAGAUCGACUUGAAGCACAUAAAUCAGACGGCUGGAGUAGACAAAGUGGAUGUAGGCAUAGAUCUACGGGAGUACUACCCAAGUGUCGAGUGGGACAUUCUUAGCGUACCAGCCGAACGACACACAAAAUACUAUCCCUGUUGUCAAGAGCCAUAUAUAGAUAUUUUCUUCAACAUAACACUGCGCCGAAAAACACUUUUCUACACGGUAAAUCUAAUUGUUCCCUGUGUCGGAAUUUCUUAUCUAUCGGUCCUAGUGUUUUACUUGCCAGCGGAUUCUGGCGAAAAAAUCGCCCUUUGUAUCACAAUCCUUUUGUCCCAGACAAUGUUCUUCUUACUGAUUUCCGAAAUCAUUCCUUCGACAUCUCUCGCGCUACCCCUUCUUGGGAAAUACCUGGUUUUCACUAUGCUUCUAGUCGCGCUGUGCGUUGUAAUAACUAUAUUAGUGCUCAAUGUCCACUACCGUAAGCCGAGUACGCACAAAAUGUCCCCAUGCGUCAGAAAGAUAUUCAUUAGGUGCCUCCCUAAGUUGUUGUUGAUGAGAGUCCCCGAGCCCAUGUUGGCCGACAUAGCGGCAAAAAAGAGCAUCAUUAAAGCAAAGUCGUCCGGGUUGGGACUCGCGAUUACACCAUCCGGCGACUCAUCGCCCGAUUCAUUGCGACAUUUCCCAUCCCGUCCUGGAAGGUGCAACGGGCUCCACUCUGCAUCCAGCACCACCCACAGAUUCAGCGGCCUCAUCGGGGCCCUAGGAGGCUCCGGAUACAACGGCCUCCCUUCGAUGGUCGGCCUAGACGAAAGUCUCAGCGUUGUCGCCAUCAGGAAGAAAUACCCUUUCGACCUCGAAAAAGCAAUUCACAACGUCAAAUUUAUUCAACACCACACCCAACGGCAGGACGAAUUUGAUGCUGAGGAUCAAGACUGGGGUUUUGUUGCAAUGGUGUUAGACCGUCUGUUCCUGUGGGUAUUCUUUUUGCUUAAUAUUGGAGGAACAGUACUUAUUCUCUGCGAGGCACCGUCACUGUACGACGACACGAAACCAAUCGACAAGGAAUUGUCGUCAGUGGCCCAACAGCAAUUCCUGCCAGAAGUCGAUUUUAACUAAAAAAUACGUGAAUUGUUAAAACAACUACGGCUCAAUCCUAGUAAUAAAAAAUUAAAGUAAUUGUAAGACAAAAGUCCCAUUUAUUAUAAUGUUGUUGUUAUUUUCAAUGUUAUCUCGAUCGAGCCUUUGAAUAAUUUAAUGUUCAAUGACAAUCGUACUUGUCAAAUGUCAGGAAUAUAUGAAACUUUCGUUGAUUUGUACAGUAAAACCUCUGUCGAUUAAUAAAUUAUUAGAUACGUAACCAUUGUAUGAACGAUGACAUUGACAUGUUACUAAAUUUAUAAUAUUGAAAUUAUUAAAUUAAAUAUUAUUAAUACAAAGAUCCAUGACGUAAAAUCGUAAAUUUGUGAAAAAUAAUUUAUGUACAGAAAUGUCUUUGAAUAAGAAUGUAUGAAAACAAAUGUUACUGAAAUUAUUCAUCUAUGAACAUUUAUCUUCAAAUUUACAAAUGUAAAUGUAGAGAAUGAUUAUUAGUGUUACAAUUAAAGAAUAUUAAGACAAUAUCAAUUACUUUAUAAAUUAAACAACCCAGUAUUUUGUACAAACGGCCGAUUCACUGUUUUUUUACGAAAGGAAUUUUAGCUUUACAUUAUACACUAAAAAAAUUAAAUAGACUGUAUUAAAGCAAAGUGUACUGGGUCAUUUUUUACUAAUAUCAUAGCGUUACACUUAGGUAAUAUUGCCAAAGUGAUAAAUAUUAUUAUAUCAUUGUAAAUAAUUUAUAAAAAAAUUAAUUUGGACAUUAUAUAACUAUGAAUGAUUAACAGUGUGUUAUGUGAAAAAGAUUAAAUCGAUUGUACUCAUUGCAAUUAAAUGUUAAUA